AUGGCCGACAUCACCGAUCAACACGACCAGACCUCGCCCACCGACCUCGACGAGUCCCAGGUUGGCAACGGCAACGCUGCCGAGAACAGAGGCGUCAAGCGCCAGCGUCCCAGCACCGCUGACGAUGAAGAUGAUGAUGACGACAAGGGCGGUCGCGAGCGUCGCAAGAUUGAGAUCAAGUUCAUCAACGACAAGUCUCGUCGUCACAUCACCUUCUCCAAGCGCAAAGCAGAGACUGGUCUGGUUUACACUUUCACGACACCAAAGCUGCAGCCUCUCGUCACUAAGGCUGAGGGCAAGAACUUGAUCCAGGCAUGUCUGAACGCUCCCGAACCCUCUCAGGGUGGUGAGAACGGCGUCGACGACUCGAACCAGGUCGACUCUCCCGAAGAGCCUCCUCAGCAACAACUUCCUCCCCAACGCCAGGGCAUGCCCCAUAACCCUCACAUGCCCCCCAACUACGGCAUGCCCGUCGGUGGCAUGGACCCUUCGCAAGCGCUCGCCUACCAGAGCUAUGUUCAGCAACAACAACGGGGUGGUGGCUACGCGAUGCCUCCGUCUGGUCUCCCUCAGCACACGUCGCACCAGUCAUGA